GGGGCGGGCACAACGAGAGGGGCCUGGCGGCCGUGCGGGAGCCAUGGCGGCCACGGAGGCGGCGGCGGCUGAGUCUGCGGGUCCGGCCCCGGGUGUCCCGGCCACGCCGGCGAGCACGCGGGGAGCCGCCGCCGCCUCAAGCCAGUGGAGGCCGUCGGAGGCGCGACUGCAAGGCAGCCGACAGCGACCGGGCAGGGCUCGGGCCGCUGCCCCGGUGCCACCCGCCCGGGAGCUGAUCCAGCCGUCUGUGAGCGAGCUGUCCCGGGCUGUGCGCACCAAUAUUCUGUGCACUGUGCGCGGCUGCGGCAAGAUCCUGCCCAACAGUCCUGCGCUCAACAUGCACCUAGUUAAGAGCCACCGACUGCAGGAUGGCAUAGUAAAUCCAACAAUAAGAAAAGAUUUGAAAACUAUACCAAAAUUCUACUGUUGUCCAAUCAAAGGAUGUCCUCGAGGCCCUGACAGACCAUUUUCUCAGUUUUCUCUGGUUAAACAGCACUUUAUGAAAAUGCAUGCAGAGAAGAAGCACAAAUGCAGUAAGUGCAGUAAUUCCUACGGCACGGAGUGGGACCUGAAAAGACACGAGGAGGAUUGUGGCAAGACCUUCCAGUGUACGUGUGGCUGCCCCUACGCCAGCAGAACUGCACUGCAGUCUCACAUCUACCGAACUGGCCAUGAGAUCCCUGCAGAACACAGAGACCCACCCAGUAAAAAAAGGAAAAUGGAAAGCUACCUGCAAAGCCAAAAGUUGUCCAGUAAGACCAUUGAACCACUGAGCGACCAACCAGCCCCUGGACAAGACACUCAUGAGCCAGAUGCUUCGGAAGUAAAGCUGGCAGCAUCCCUUGAAGACUCUUGUAGCUCCCACCCCAAAAGGCAGAGCAUCUCAACACCUCCCAGGUGUCCCCAGAAGUUGCUGUUACCAAAGCCCAAGGUGGCUCUGGUUAAACUUCCGGUCAUGCAGUUUUCCUCUGUGCCUGUCUUUGUGCCUACAGCGGACUCCUCGGCCCAGCCUGUGGUGUUAGGCAUGGAUCACAGUUCUGCAGCGGGUGCUGUGCACUUAGUACCCUUGUCAGUAGGAACCUUGAUCCUCAGCCUGGAUUCAGAGGCCUGCUCUCUGAAGGAGAGCCUACCUCUCUCAAAAAUUAUCAGUCCUGUUGUUGAGCCAAUGACUACAGGUGUUCAGGUGAACUUGGGUAAAAGUCUGUGUAGUCCUUUACAAGAGGUAGGGAGUGUGUGUCAGAAGAACAGCAUUUCCUCAACCAACGUGCAGACGGAUCUGUCCUAUGCCUCAGCCAACUUGAUACCCUCUGCUCAGUGGCUUGGCCCUGAUUCCUCUGUGUCAUCGUGUUCGCAGACUGACCUGUCGUUUGAUUCUCAAGUGUCCCUUCCAGUUAGCGUCCACACCCAGACAUUGGUGCCCGGCUCUAAGGUCACUUCAUCCAUAGCUGCUCAGACAGAUGCAUUCAUAGACGCCUGUUUCCAGCCUGGUGGGGUCUCCAGAGAAACCCAGACCAGCAGGAUGCAGAACCGCACAGAUGACUCAGUGCCGGUGGGCCACACUGGCCUGUGUGGGGACAUUUUUGAAAGUGUCCAUGCAUCAUACAGUGUUCCCACUGAUACCAUCAUGAGUAGCAGCUUAGUUGCAGAGACAGUAACUCAUGGUCUUUUACCUCAGAGUGACCCUAAGAUCUUAAGCCAAGUAGUCAUGGAAAAGUCUGCACCCGUGUUAACCUUCAGUGCCCAGAACAGCAUGCUUCCUCCACAAAACAUGACAGAUAAUCAAACCCAAACCAUAGACCUACUGAGUGACUUAGAAAACAUCUUGUCAAGUAAUCUGCCAGGUCAAACACUGGAUAACCGGAGUCUCUUGUCCGACACAAACCCUGGGCCUGAUGCCCAGCUCCCAUCAGGCUCAGCGCAGAAUUCUGGGAUCGAUUUUGAUAUUGAAGAGUUCCUCUCAGCCUCAAAUAUCCAGACUCAGACUGAGGAGAGUGAACUUAGCUCCAUGAGCACUGAGCCAGUCUUGGAGUCCCUGGACAUCGAGACGCAGACUGACGUCUUCCUCUCAGACCCCUCCACACAGCCCUAUGGGUUCAGGGCAGGGUCAGGCUUCCUGGGCCUUGAGAUGUUUGACACACAGACACAAACAGACUUAAACUUCUUCUUAGACAGUAGUCCUCACCUGCCCCUGGGCAGCAUUCUGAAACACUCCAGCUUCUCUAUGAGUACUGACUCUUCUGACACAGAGACCCAAACCGAAGGAGCCUCCCCAGGUCAGCACGCCCCUGCUCUGGAGAGCAAGGUCCAGUUGAGCAGCACAGAAACACAGACCAUGAGUUCUGGCUUCGAGCCCCUGGGGAGCUUGUUCCUCACCAGCAACGAAACUCAGACAGCAAUGGAUGACUUCCUUCUAGCCGAUUUGGCCUGGAAUACAAUGGAGUCCCAGUUCAGCUCUGUAGAAACCCAGACAUGUGCAGAGCUGCACGCUGUCUCCAGCUUCUGAAGGUGCAGCCAGGCAUCCCCCCCUCCUUGUGGGUUUAGAACAUGGGUCAAGGACAGCGGCACCGACUGGGGAUGUAGUCAGUGGGGCAGCUGUUUAGAUUCUCUGCAGUUCUUGGUGUUUUGUACUCGUGACCACAAGAUUGGUGUGCAAAUGUGAGUGUAUUAUAAAGUGUAAAGUGUUGAUCUAAAAUGUCGCCUAAGUUUGCUCCUCUGUAGCUAUUCUCUUUUUUUAAAAAAGCAUUUUACACUGCAAAACUUAGAGCUGUUUAGCUAAUGCCAAGCUUACCUGGUGAUAGGGUGCAAGCUUUGCAACUGCUUUAACUGAGUAUAGCACACUUAAAUGGCACCCCCGCAUAAAGGGCACCUCAGAUGCUUAGACAAUGCUUGUGUGGCUGCUGACUCCUGAGAUGCCACCACCUUGCCUUGUCAUGUCCCUCUGACUUGGAAGUACCAAGGGAAGCUACAGCUGUCUUUAGCUUUUAUGACAGUUUUUAGUCUCUGCCGUUCCUGAGCUGUGACUGCUGCCAGCUUCUUGCGCCGUUCUUCUCCUGCUGUGAGGUUACUGGCCAGUGUGAGAACAGCAAGCACUUAGUGUAAAUGGAAGUUUUAGUAAGAGGAAGGCAUCCCGCCUGUGGAGACGCACACUGUGGACACCCGCAGUUUUGUUCAUCUUGGGUUCAUCCUGCUUUGUGGACAAGCUUUCCUCUGCCCCCUCAAUAGUGUUGAUCAAAAAGAUCUCUGUGACCAAAUCUGUGGGAUUGCCACGUGCCAGGUGGCAGCCACCUGUGAGUACACAAUGCUAGAGGGUACUUCCUGGUCGACCCCAGAGCUUCUAGCUUUUUAUAAAUUGGGGUUCCUGUGACUCCCCACUUUUUGUGCUCAGUUAACUUACUAGAACUCAGGGAUACUGUUUCUGUGAAGGGUAGGCUGGGUGGAAAGGGGCAGAGGACUUCCACGCCUUCUCUAGGCAUGCCACUUACCAAGAAUAUUUGUGUUAGCCUUGUAGAAACCUCCAAAGUCAGUCUCAUAGGGUUAAUGGCUGCUUCGUUGUUUGGGUAGAUGUUAAACCAUUAGUGAUCAAUUUAACCUUGAGUAUCACCCUUCCCGGUGGGUUGGGAGGUAGAGAUGAAGCUGAAAAUAUCCCAACCUUUCGAUCAUUAAUUAUUCCUUCGUCUCUCCUGUGACUUGUCCCCAUCCUAAUACUACCCCGAGGGCACCAGCUACCAAUGACCUCAUGGCAAGCAAAAGCAAAACAUUUUUUCUGAAUACAUCACCACCCCGAAAAACAUCCUUCCUGCUCCACAGUAGACCACGGGGCCUACCCAACUGCUUCCCAUAAUGGACUUGAGACCCUCUAAGAAUUAGAAAGGAAGAUAUAGGAUGAGGAAAAGGCCUUCCUGCCCAGCCCCUGUCAGUAUGCUGCACUUGUAAUCUUGAUAGGAGAACAGGGCCCACACCAUCUUUCCUUCCAUCCACCUCCACCUUUUCCUUGAAGGAAGCUCUUCGGUCUGGCAAGCAUAGUAUAUGUACCUUGAUUCUAGCAAUUGUAGAAUAGACCCAUCUAAAGUAUCCUAAUCUAGAUUCUGUUGUGAUAUAUUCUUUAAAGAAGAAAAAUCUGGACACCAAUUGCUUCAGUGGUUAAGAACACUCUCUCCUUCUGAGGGAAGAGCGAGGUCAGGCAUGCCUUGGGGGGCUCUCUGUGCUAAGUAGAUCAUGGAUUCAUAGCUGUUGCCCAACUCUGAGGCAAAUUCAGAAUGAACACAGCCUGGGGACCCUUCCAAUCUAGUCUAGAAAAGCCCUGUUCUUUCUGUGGCAUGUUUGUGCUGCCAAAAGCUGAACCUUCAUAAUAGAACCUAAGGGGACUGGUGAUGACUCAUUAAAGAAAUUGGUAUUGCUGUUGUCCUGUCCCCUUCACUGGGUGCAAAGGACUCAGGAAUGGACUAAUAACAACCCAGCAGAUGAAUGCAACCCAGGAGCUAAACAGUGCUUAUGGUCACAGUCGCCUGUGAAUGUGAGUUUCAGAAUAAGACAUAAAGCCUUAACUUAGAUUUUCUGUUGUUUUGUACUUGUCACUGCCUUAACGCUCAAAGCAUCUAUUUAAGCUCUCCGGCUGAAGGAGAAAUGCAUGUCUGCUCGUGGCUCUUUGUAAAUAUAAGUGCAGCGAUCUAUGGCUUUAAGUUUUUGUGUCUAUGGCAAUGUGUCUUAAUAGUUACAAGAAAAAGAAUGGAGCAUGUAAUUGUCCUUCAUGUGCAAAAACUGUCCCCACAAAAUCUUAGUCACCUGAACUCCCCUAUGGUUGUUUGUACACAUAAAUUCAGUGAUUAAAGAGAAGCUAGAAUUCUA